CUUAAUUUCAGAAAAUUAUGUUCUAAUGUAUGAAGUUAUAGACAAUAAUGAAUUCUGGAAUAAAUAACGAGAUAUCUGUUGAAGUAAAGGAUCUUGAUUGUGAGUUUCUCCCAAUUAUUUACGAUAUCAUCAAGUGCGUUGAGAAGGACCCAAGCGAGGCAUCAUUAAAAAAUAAGGAAAGUCUUGAAGCUGCAAAUAAGAUCCAAGAACUAAACAAGAAGCUUGAGAAAGCCCGGGAACAAGUUCGGAGUCUGAAAGGAAUUGAUUUAAAUCCAGAGGAACAGAAAGCCCAACUUCAAUCUUUGAAGAAACAGCGUGCACUGAAAAAGGAACUGGUACAGAAAUACGAGAGCCUGGGUUCCGUUGCAAAUUUUCUAAAUUUGGGAAAACUUAACGGAACCUCAGAAUAAGAAAACUUAACGGAAUCUCAGAAAAGGAAAACCUAACGGAACCUCAGAGCAAGAAAAAAUCAACAAAAGGAACAGUAACAACUACCACUGCUAAG